AUGGUGAUCGCAACCGAACUUUGCGCUCUUUCGGAGUACAGAAUCUAUCCUGGAAAUGGAAAGCUUAUGAUCCGUCGUGAUGGUAAGCCCAUCUGGCUUGGAACCUCCAAGGCACACAGCCUUACUCUUCAAAGAAAGAAGGCCGCAAAGCUUGUGUGGACUCAAGCCUGGAGACGUCUUCACAAGAAGGGUAUCACAGAGACCACUGCAAAGAAGCGCACUCGUCGUACCAACAAGGUUCAAAGAGCUGUUGUUGGUGCUUCUUUGGAUGACAUUAAGAAAAAGGCUGCCGAGAAAUCUGGAUUCAGAUCUCAACAGCGAGAGGCUGCCCUCAAGGAGGUCAAGGCCCGCAAGACCACCGCCAAGAAGGGUGGAAAGGUACAAGCACCAAAGGGCAGCACAUUCCAAAAGGUUCCUAAGCACAUGGGAGGAAAGGGCAAACGUGGAGGAACUCAACGUUAG